GAAUGCAAUGCAGCCUGUCCCUGGCACUUUGAGGAGGUGGGUUUGGCUGGACCCGAGUGUUCAGGAGCUGAUCCCAUUGUGAAUAAACAACUAUGUUACACAUCCAUUUGUGGUAAAAUUGCUUCUGAUGUUACCAAUAAAUGGUUUUUAGGGUGUUAAAUUUUACUCUUUUGUCAUGGGAGAAGUUAUUCAACUUGUGACCGUUAGCAUUUUCAUAGAAGAGUGAUUUCUUUCUUUGUAGGAUCAGAUACUUUAUUUUGUGGUCUCUGUUACAAAUUGAUGUUUCUGAUGGGAGAGUGUGGUGAGAGGAAGAUUACAUAAAGCACAGCUCCCUUUGGUUACCCUUAGGUUAUGCACAUGGUGUUUUGUAACGACAACGAAUACUACAGUUUUCUCCUGAACAGACUAUAUAUGGACUUGGUGGUACUUUAUUAAAUCAGGUAAUCAUAUAAGACAUAUACUUUCGAUAAAAGGUCCAAUUGAAAAUGGUAGAUUAAGAAAGAGAUCUGAGCAGUCCACUAAUUUCCGUUUAUUCCUGUCUUGCUCAGCUCGCAAUAGGCCUGUAGGAAGUCUUACCUGUCCUACCUUGCCCUUCCAGGAGGAGACUGUGCUGUAGGAUCUCCACAACUUCUGGAGUUCGUCCUUUGUUGAGCUCCUCAAAGGGAAAGGGCAAAAGAGCAUUGGGAGCUUUUAUAAAUGCACGUGUGUGCACACCAGCCAUGCUGCACACUAUCCCCUGUUGUGACUUUACCAUGGGCCUGGUGCCAACACGUGCUAACUGCACACUGCUUGCACCACUAAUUUGGGUCAAUUUGAGGAAAAAUGACAACUGAGUCUUCCGAUCCAUGAACCAGUAUCUCUGUCCAUUUAUUAAGAUUUGGCAAUAUGGAGGUUAUUCAUACGAAAACAUAUGAAUCAAAGAGGAGGAAAAGAGAGUCCACGUAGAACUCUCAAGAAGUUUUGCUAUGAAAGCAAGCAGAGAAAUAGGCUCAGCUAGAGGGAUUACGGGGUAAAGAAAAGUGGUGUUUUGUCUUUGUUUUUUUAAGAUGAGCGAUAUUACAACAUUUUUUAUGAUGAAGAGACCAUCCAGCCUGAGGAGAGAUUGAUGAUGCAGUAAAGAGAGGGGAUACGGAAAACAACUAAACCCCUAACUAGGUGGCAGACGUAGGAGUCCAGAUCACAGCUGGAAAGACUGAACAUUAACAGAAGAAAAGCCACUUCCUUCUCUUUACUAUGAUGCAGAAGAUAAAUGCAGUUGUAGGAAGGAUUGUACAUUUCGUGGUGGGAUGUGGGAGAAAUUCCCUAUCUCGUGACUUUUUUCUGAAGUAUAAAGGAAAAUCAUUGGCCAAGAGAGAACAUACGAAAUAGUCAUCGCGGAGAGCGAAAAAGUAAGUUUUCUAAAACCCUGGAAAAGGAUGACCGGCUUAAGGUUUGUGAUCAUGAAUUUAAAGAAAGCUUGUCAGCCUGAAAGCCAGUUCUUUGUGGCCAGGAAAGAGGGCAAUAAUGAAAAGUGUUCUAGAGAGAGCAAAUACAGUAAUUGUUGUAGCUUCUUAUUUACCCUAAAUGAUCACUUAAAGUGUAUAAGUACAUUAUAAUCUAUAACAAUGUUAAAGAAAAUAUAUAGCUAACAGAAGUUGGCAAGUAGAAGGAGCAAAGAAGUGUGAGAGGUUAGGUGUGUAAGUAUCUUCAUCUCGCACAGAGUGAGGAGCUAAUGUAUAAUUUUGAAAGUUGAAAAUCCAAAAAACAGAUGUUUGAAGUACUUACCUUAUUUAAAUUAUACGGUUUAUCAUAAAAUAACUAAAAUACUAAGAGGAAAUAGUUUAAAUUAUCUAAAUCCUCACCUGUCAUAAGUGAAUCCACAAUGUCAAAAAUUGAUAAAACAAUUAGUGAUUGAGAUCCUUUAAUUUAUAAAUAUGGAGGCAGUCACCGGAAGAAAUAAAAAAAAAAAAAGUGAAAAGUAAUUACCUGUGGAGAACUUUUGUUCCUCAUUAUUAUUUUGUAUGACUUGAUUUUUUUCAUAACAAAUGUAUGCGUUAGUAUACUUUAAUAAAAUUAAAACAGAAACUAUUUAGCUGUGAAUGAAGGCCUUGAAGUCAGGGCCAAGCUUUGAUACAACUGGGUAGGUUUUGUCGAGGUGACAUUUAUUUCCAGCCCCUUCCCGUGCCCUCUGAUUGGCUCUCUCGGAAUUGGUUUUCUCCCAGUAUCAAAGGGAUUCACUGCCCUCCUGCCCCUGGCUUCCUCCCGCCUUCACUGAGGAAAAGCACAUGUCUGGUUGUUUUCUGCUCCUCAACUUUGAUCAUUACAAAAUGAGUCUAUUCUUGGUCUCAUUCUUAAAAUGAUUUGUUUUUGGCGCUCCGGGGCUCGCGCCCCUGCCUCGUGCCUGCGCCGCUCGUAUGUAAAUGAGGGCGCGGGACGCGGGACGCGGAUGGACAAGGGAAGAGAGAGAGUGGCCGCUGCCCUCGCCGCCCGGUGCCGGAGCCCUCGGUGCGCGGCGGAGGAGAGGAGAGGAUGCCGGCGGGAACUCGACUCUUGGCGCCACCGUCUCAUGCACUGUGUAGGUUUUGAGAGUAUUUUAGAAGGGCUUUAUGGACCACGGCUACGAAGAGACCUGAGUUUAUUUGAGGAUUGUCUACCAUCUCUUGAUUCUUCACAGUCAACGCCAACAGAGGAACUAUCAUCUCAGGGCCAGUCCAACACUGAAAAGACUGAAUGCCAAGCAGAAAAUUACCUAAAUGCACUCUUUCGAAAGAAAGAUCUUCCUCAGAACUGUGAUCCUAACAUUCCCCUAGUUGCUCAGGAAUUAAUGAAAAAGAUGAUACGUCAGUUUGCAAUUGAGUAUAUUUCAAAAAGUGGUAAAAUUCAAGAGAAUAGAAAUGGUUCAAUUGGACCAAGUCUAAUAUGUAAAAGUAUUCAAAUGAAUCAAGCAGAAAACUCCCUUCAGGAAGAACAGGAAGGCCCCUUAGACCUCACUGUGAAUCGAAUGCAAGAACAAAAUACUCAGCAAGGGGAUGGAGUGUUAGAUCUCUCUACAAAGAAAACCAGCAUAAAAUCUGAAGAGUCGUCCGUAUGCGAUCCUUCUUCUGAAAAUUCAAUGGCUGGGAGACUCAGAGAGGACUAUGUGGAAAGAAGUGCUGAGUUUGCAGAUGGUUUGCUCUCAAAAGCUUUGAAAGACAUUCAGUCUGGAGCACUGGACAUAAAUAAAGCAGGCGUACCUCAAAAAACUUUACUUCUCCACUUAGAAGCCUUACCAGCAGGGAAGCCUGCAUCUUUUAAAAACAAAACUCGAGAUUUCAAUGAUAGUUACUCAUAUAAAGACAGUGAAGAAACUUGUGCAGUGCUGCAAAAAGUAGCCCUGUGGGCAAGAGCUCAAGCAGAGCGCACAGAAAAAAGUAAACUCAAUCUACUUGAAACCUCAGGAUUAAAAUUCCCAGCAGCUUCCAGUUACCUCCAUCAGUUAACUCUACAGAAGAUGGUUACUCAAUUUAAAGAAAAAAAUGAAAGCCUACAAUAUGAAACUUCACAUCCUACUGUACAGUUAAAAAUUCCUCAACUACGAGUAAGUUCUGUUUCAAAACCACAACCUGAUGGUCCUGGUCUGCUGGAUGUUAUGUAUCAAGUUUCCAAAACCUCUCCAGUCCUAGAAGGAUCAGCUCUCCAAAAACUGAAAAAUAUACUCCCUAAACAGAAGAAAAUAGAAUGUUCUGGGCCCGUAACUCACUCAAGUGUUGACUCUUACUUUCUACACGGGGACUUCUCUCCUUUGUGUCUUAAUUCUAAAAAUGGAACAGUUGAUGGAACCUCUGAAAAUACUGAAGAUGGAUUGGAUCGAAAAGAUAAUAAGCAGCCCAGGAAAAACCGUGGCCGUUAUCGGCAGUAUGAUCAUGAAAUAAUGGAAGAGGCUAUUGCAAUGGUAAUGAGUGGAAAAAUGAGUGCUUCCAAAGCACAAGGAAUUUAUGGGGUACCUCACGGCACUUUAGAAUACAAGGUAGAAGAAAGAUCUGGAACACUGAAGACUCCUCCUCCGAAGAAACUCCGAGUACCAGACACUGGGUUAUAUAAUAUGACAGAUUCAGGGACUGGCAGCUGCAAAAACAGCAGCAAGCCUGUGUAGAUUACUUGUUAGGAAAAUGUUUGUACGUGUGUAUGUGCGUGUGUGUACGUGUGUUUGUGUGUGUGUGUGUGUGCACAGGUGUGUGUUUGUGUGUCUAUAUACACACACGU